UUUGUUGUAUUGUAAAGACCUUCUAUGAACUCUGGGAGAAUAGUUUCAAUUUAAAAACAUGGGAUGGAAAAGGGGGAGAAACUUAAAUUCUUUGUUCUUUACCAGGUCUCUGCUGAAAACCUCGCUGGUCUGAAGCCAACUGUUUCUAGUCGUGUGGUCUAUGAUGGAGGUGUGUUUAUUGGGCCGAUAUUUGGGGACAUGCUUGCGACCUUCAACAAUAAAACACAGGUGGUGGUGGCGGUGAAUGAUGUCCUUGCAAACUGUUCUGGUUCGUGCUCUUUCCAGUUCAGCCAGGAACUGACACCCUCAGUCAGUGAUGUGGAGUAUUCAUCAGAUGAUGGGUCCCAGGCCACGGUAGUUAUCAGGGGAGCUGGCUUCAUUGAGGAGAAAGCAGCUCUGCGGGUAGAGGUGAACAACACGAACUGCCACGUCAUAACAUUGAAUCAAACCCAAGUGGUUUGCCAGAUGGAGAGGCUGCCAGUUGGAUGCUACCAUGUGACACUACUGGUGAGACCUUAUGGCUUUGCACUCAAUGCCAGCACAGGAGAAGGCAUCUUCCUAAGAGUUGAACCAAAACUGGUAGCUAUCGAACCUCCUACAGCUUCAGAGAUUGCCAAAGGAUCAUUGCAACUCAUCUGUCCUGGGACAGAAGAUGCUGCUGUCCAUGUGACACUAAUUUCUGAGGACCAGUCAACAACAGUAACCAACUUGUUCCGCUAUGAUCCUUCCUUAAACCCUGCUGUUGUAUCACUGAGCAGAAACAGAAGUGGCAUAGCAGGGGGUCAGGAGCUUCAGAUUGGAAUAUCCCAGUUUGCCAGCUACCGAGGGUCAGAUAUCAAGGUGCAAAUUGGGGGCUCAUGGGCACAGAUUCAGGCGCAGAUGGACCAUGGCAUUAAUGUGACACUUCCAGCCUUGGCUGCAGGAUGGUACAAUGUUUCUGUCAUCAUCAAUGGCGUUGCUGUCACUUCAAACAGGGUUGAGCCAUUAAUCCAGUACCUCUCGGAGAUCUUCAGCGUAGAGCCGUGUUGUGGCUCCUUUCUGGGUGGAACUCUGCUCACAAUCUCUGGGGUGGGCUUUAGCCAAAAUCCUGCCCUGGUUUCUGUUUCAAUGAACAGGCAAACCUGUACAGUUACUCACGUGGAAGAAGAGACACUUUGGUGCCUGACACCACCGGCUGCUAAUUGGUCUAAUGGAGAUUCACAGGACAUCUCUGUUAGAGUAAAUGUAGUCAUCAGCAGGACCCAUCCUUUGCAUUAUCAGUGGUUGGCUGAGGCAUCUUGGGCUCUUAAUGUCUCAGUGACUGUCAACGGGAUCAGCAGCAUCUGCCUUGGAAACUGUACACUCUACCUUCGUGAGCAGUGGACCCCCCUUGUAGAUUUGGUGACCUGGGAGACCAAUGGGACAUUCACCUAUGUGACAAUCAAAGGACGGAGGUUGACAUGGCCAAGUGGCAGCCCCAUGGUACAUGUGAAUAACCGGGCUGUCUGCAAGGUGACAUUUUGGAACGAGACCAGCAUUAAGUGCCGAACCGACUGCAUUGCCCCAGGGGAGCACAACAUUUCCGUGUCCAACAGGAAAAGUGGACAAGCUUGCUUCAGAAAGGUGUCCAGUAGUUUCACCAUCCUGCCUCAGGUGUAUCAGUUUUACCCACAGAACUUCAGUACCAAUGGUGGGGGCCUGCUCACCCUAGCAGGCUCGUCACUGAAAGGAAAGAGAAUGACUUCUGUUCUCAUUGAUUAUCACCCUUGCCUUGUUCUCAGUGUCACCUGUGUAGCUAUCCAGUGCGUGGUGCCUCCAGGUAAUGGGACUAGAGCUUUGAGUCUAAGAGUAGAUGGUGUCUUUAAAUACCUUGGAAGAAUAAGUUACAGAGAGGAGUUUACCCCAGCAUUCCUUUCACUUGUUACAACUGGUGUCCUUUUAACAAUGACCGUAUCACAUAUCACAGAGACGGACACCAUCCAAGUAUUUGUUGGAGACUUUUCUUGUAGUGGUGUCACCAUCACUCGCUCCACUUUGCAGUGCUCAGCUCCUCUGCUUCCUGUUGGCGAGUACCGUGUGCUGGGCCUGGAUGUCUCCAGAGGCUGUGUUUCCUCCAACCUGACGUUCACCUCUCAGCUGGUGGUGACAGCUCUUCAUCACAACUGGGGUGGCUUGAGUGGAGGAGCAAUUUACCUACGUGGAACUGGGUUUUCCCCAAGGAAGACUUUGGUCACGGUCUGUGGCACCCCUUGUGAAACUUUGGGCAACAUGACGACGACUGACCUAAGCUGCCUUGCCCCACGCUUACACGCAUCUUUGGCCAUUCUCUGUGGCCUGACACAUUCCUCUGUUGACUGCCGAGAAGACAGAGCCACCUUCAUUGAAUGUGAUGUCCAAGUCAGGGUGGGUUCCUAUCACCAGAGGGGAUCUCUGUCUUACCUGUAUGUCUGUGAGGACAACCCACCUCAGUGGCACUGGAGGGACAUCGACCCACCCCAGAGGCGUUUUGCUGGACUCUUUGCCAGCCCUAAAGUGGAAAGAGAUGAAGUUCUCAUCUAUAAUAGCUCCUGUAACAUUACCAUGGAAACUGAGGCAGAGAUGGAGUGUGAGGGAGCUAAUCAGCCAAUUACCGCCAAGAUUACUGAGAUAUGGAAAAACUGGGGCCAGAACACUCAGCUUGCCCUUCAGUUUUGUGGCCGAUGGGACGAGGACUCCAGCUGGCCUGCUGGCCACCAGCCGCGAGAUGGCGAUAACGUCACGAUAGAAGGAGGCCGGACCCUCCUGUUGGGGACCACCACCACCAACCUCAACCUGCUGCAUCUCAAAGGUGGCAAACUUUUGUUCACUGGUCCAGGACCUGUAGAACUGCAUGCUCAUUACAUUCUGAUAUCUGAUGGAGGAGAGCUCCAGGUGGGAUCCCCCAAGGCCCCUUUCCAUCACAAAGCACACAUCUAUCUCUACGGAAGCCUUCAUUCUCCACCCUUAUUUCCAUAUGGGGUCAAGUUCCUGGCAGUGAGGAAUGGGACUCUUUCCAUUCACGGCUGGAUGCCCAAAGUAGCUUUCACACUCUUGAAUGUAUCAGCUCAGGCUAAUGACAGACGAUUAGUGCUCCAGGAACCUGUUGACUGGCAACCUGGUGAUGAAAUCGUGGUGGGCAGGACAGGCCUUGGAGAUGCACAGCAGCAAGAAGAAAUGGCUGUUAUUGAGUCUGUGAACAACACGGAGCUGUACCUUAGGUCACCGCUCAGGUACUCCCACAAUAUUGGAGAGGAAUGGGUGACUGGACAAAGCCCGCCUUUGAGUGCUGUGGUGGCACUGAUUAGCAGAAGGAUUGUUGUUCAAGGAAAUGUCACAACGGAGAGGAUGUCCCACCUCAGACAGUGUGCAAAAGCAGGUGUUACAAGAGGUGGCUCCAGAUGUCUGUACAAGCGAAGUGAGAGGCAGCUGGGGUCCCGGGACCUGGGGGCCAUCGUGGUUGUGGAGGCCUUCCAUGGAGAGGCGAGUCAGCUCCAGGUAGAGGGGGUCCAGUUCCGCCAUGUGGGCCAAGCAUUUCGGCAGCUCUGCAGCGCUCUGACUGUUGCUGGCAAUGCAAGGAUGUCAGGCUCCUACAUACGAGGUUGCUGUGUUUUGGACUCCUUUUGCCAAGGACUCCAUCUGACCGGGAUCUCAAACCUCAGCGUGGACAGUAAUGUUUUCUACAACAUUUCAGGUCAUGGGCUUCUGCUGGGGGAGGGACUGGAAGAGGGGAACAAAGUCACUAACAACAUAGUGAUUGGCCUUUCUGGAACAGACAGUUUAUCCAACAUUGAGACAUUGUCACCAGCAGGGAUCUACGUCAGGGCUCCUGCCAACCACAUCAAGGGUAACACAGUGUGUGCUGCUGGGUAUGGCUAUUUCUUUCAUCUCUCCCCUGAGGGACCAUCCAAAAUGCCUCUCCUGUCCUUCAGCGAGAACGUAGCUCAUUCCUGCACAAGGUACGGGCUGCUGGUGUACCCGGAAUAUUUGCCAAAGAGCCCAAACAGACCUGUGCAGUUCAACAACUUCACAGCUUGGAGCAACCAAGGUGGAGCACAGAUUUUUAGAAGCAGCAACCUUGAAAUCCAACAUUUCUGGAUUUAUGCUUGCAAAGAUUUUGGCAUUGAUAUCGUAGAAAGCCUGGGAAACACUUCUGUGUCUGAUAGCGUUUUAAUUGGACACACUGGGCAACAGGGUAACACAGUGUGUGCUGCUGGGUAUGGCUAUUUCUUUCAUCUCUCCCCUGAGGGACCAUCCAAAAUGCCUCUCCUGUCCUUCAGCGAGAACGUAGCUCAUUCCUGCACAAGGUACGGGCUGCUGGUGUACCCGGAAUAUUUGCCAAAGAGCCCAAACAGACCUGUGCAGUUCAACAACUUCACAGCUUGGAGCAACCAAGGUGGAGCACAGAUUUUUAGAAGCAGCAACCUUGAAAUCCAACAUUUCUGGAUUUAUGCUUGCAAAGAUUUUGGCAUUGAUAUCGUAGAAAGCCUGGGAAACACUUCUGUGUCUGAUAGCGUUUUAAUUGGACACACUGGGCAACAGGAGAGGACCUGUAUGUCAGCAGGACUGAAAACUCCCAAAAGAUACCAGCUAUUCAUCUCCAACACAUCUUUCAGGAACUUUGAUGCGAACACUUGCGCAGCGAUCAGGACUUGUUCUGGUUGUCACCAAGGGCAGGGUGGGUUUACAGUGGGAGUUCAGCAGCUGACCUUCAUCAACUCACCUUUCCAAGUGUCCUUCCCCUUUCCUCACUCUGCCAUCCUUGAGGAUCUCGACGGCUCUGUCACGGGGCAGACGGGAAGUCAUCUCGUUCCUUCCACAGAUAUCCUGGCG